UGACACAAAACACCACAGCAAAACACGUAACCUCUAAGGUUUAUUUUCUAAAUUUCUAAAACAAUUAAAUUUAAAGUUUUAAACAAGAGUAAUCAUGAAUUUGUGUGUAAGACCAAAACUGCUAAGAUCUAGUCUUAUAAGCAUUUUCCGUUCGGCAACAACUGUUCCAGAGGUGGAACAAAAUGAACAAGUUUUGUUCGACGAUACUGAAGAUGCACUCGCAAAAGAAGCAGAGAUUGAGAAAAAGAGAAAUAUAUCACGACUAUCACCUGCUCAUCUAAAUGUAAUGCAUAAAAGGCGGCCAUAUGAAGAACCUAAAAUAUUAGCACAUCUUACCGUCAAAUAUAAUCGCAAAUUGUAUGGGAAAUAUGGUGCGGUCAGUGGCAUUAAUCCCAGUAUUUGCUGGCCAUCCAAAGAAGACAUUCAGGAAAGACAAGAAUAUGAAGCCGUAGCAUUUCCCUUUACGAUACAACAAAUGAUGGAAACAGCUGCACAGAGAAAACGAGAGCAGCAGUUAAGGAUAGAGCAAAGGGAUAAGGAUGUAGCGGCCAAGUUUGCCAAGCUGGACCAGAUGAAGAAGGAAUUGAAUGAUAAAAUGGCUAAGAAGGCUGCAGAGGUUGAGGCUGCUAAGCAAAAGAAAGAAAGGCUAGUUGAAGAAGUGCGACGCCACUUUGGUUUCACGCUCGACCCUCGUGACGAGAGGUUCCAAGAAAUGUUAGCCAAACGGGAGAAAGAACAGAAGAAGCGAGAGAAACAGGCUAAGAUUGAGGCCAAAGAGAAGAUGAUGCUCGCCAAGUUACAACAGAAGAAAGUCGAUGAAGGAAAGAGCACUUGAAUAGGUAUUUAAUUUUAUAGUUUAGUGUGUAAUAUACUGUUAAUUUAGAA